AGCUCUGUGGCACCCAUGGAGCAGCCGCUGCUGUUGGCAGCUGCGGACGGGCCGGGGGGGAGCAUACGGCUCUCCCCCCGGGGUCUGGAGGCUCUGCGGGCCCUGCCCGCUCCCCUGCACGUGGUGGCGGCGCUGGGGCCGCCCGACGGGGGCUCCGUGUUCCUCAUGGAGCAGCUGUCGGGAUCGGGCUGCGGCUUCCCCGGCAGCCCUGGGCUGUGGAUGUGGAGAUGCCCGCACCCCGAGUGGCCCGACCGUGAACUGCUGCUGCUGCACGCCGGAGGAUUCCUCGGGGGCGAGGAACCGGAGGAUGGCGCCGGGCUGCGGCUCUUCAUGCUGCAGCUGCUGCUGGGCAGCGUGCUGGUUUAUGGCAGUGGUGACGGCAAUGGUGACGCACAGGAACAGCUAGAGCUCCUCACCUACGCCCAGAAGUUGCCACACCAUCUGCGCCUGCUGGAGGAGGAGGAGGAUGAAGAAGAUGAAGACCAUCUGCUGCGCUUCGUGCUGCCACCCUUCGUCUGGAGCCUGUGCAGCACAGCCCAGGCACCCAAGGAUGAGGAGUUGUUGGGGGAUGAGGACCACAAGCUGGAGCCAGCCCUGCGCAGCCCCCCAGGCCCUGUGGCACGCUGUGUCCUGACACUGUUCCCUGAGCAGAAGCUGUUCCGUGUGUCCGAAAGCAGUGCCGAGGGCCUGACCCAGCUCUGCACCCACCUGCUGGGCUGUGAUCCCAAAACAGAGCCUGGAGGGGCAGAAGUGGGCGGUGCCUACCUGGCAGCGCUGGCAGAGCGAGUGGUGGAUGCAAUGCAAGAGGAUGCAGUGCUGCGGAUUGGGCGGCUCUGCCAGGAGGCCAAGGAGAUGGCACAGCAGGAGACUGGUGACAACUGGCCCACAGCCACCAACUUUUGGCAAGAUGACACUUUCCUGAGGAACACUGACAACAGUGACACCAUCCCACAACAGGAUGACAUCCCCCAGGCCAGCACCUCCCCACGACAUGAUGACACCGAUGGUGACACCACCCAACGGCAGGAGGAUGCGGCCUGGGUGGAAGCACCAUCCCCCCACCCACUGUCCCCGAUGCCAGCCCCACUUUGCCUGGUGUACAACGGUGACAGUAACAAACUGUCACUCAACCCCAGAGCACUGGCAGUGCUACGUGGUAUCACCCAGCCCGUGGUGGUUGUGGCCAUUGCCGGGCCCUACCGCACUGGCAAGUCUUUCUUGAUGAACCGGCUGGCACAGCGGCGUACUGGUUUCCCGUUGGGCCCCACAGUGCGGGCGGAGACCAAGGGCAUCUGGAUGUGGUGCCUGCCGCACCCACGCCAGCAUGGUGUGGCACUGGUGCUGCUGGAUACCGAGGGGCUGGGAGAUCCCCACAAGGGUGACAACAGCAAUGACGCCUGGAUCUUCUCACUGGCAGUGCUGUUGUCCAGCACCCUGGUGUACAACAGCAUGGGCACUAUCAACCAGCAGGCGCUGGAUCAGCUGCGGCUGGUGACAGAGCUGACGAAUCACAUACGCGUGAGGGUGGAGAAUGAAGAUCCAGCAACUGAGUUCAGCCGUGUCUUCCCCAGCUUCGUCUGGGCCGUGCGUGACUUCACACUGCAGCUGCGGGAGGGCAAGCGUGUGCUGACUGAGGAUGAGUACCUGAAGGAUGCACUGGUCUUAAAGUCCGGGAAUGGGCGCGUGGUGCAGGAGCACAAUGAGUUGCGGCGCUGCCUGUGCGCCUUCUUCAUAAACCGCAAGCUGUUUGUGCUGGAGAGACCGACGGCUGAUGCAAACCUGGCACGACUGGAGGAGAUGCGGGAGGAUGAACUGCAGCCACGCUUCCGGCAACAGGCAGCUGCCUUCUGCCAGCACAUCUGGGAGAAGGCGCCGGUGAAGGAGUUGCCAGGCGGGCGCCGGGUGACGGGCACCAUGCUGGCUUCCCUGGUGGAGAAAUAUGUGGCUACCAUUGUGAAAGGUAAAGUGCCUUGUGUGGAGAGCGCAGUGACAGCACUGGCAAGGACCGAGAACACCGCGGCAGUGGCAGCAGCAGUGGCUGAGUACCAGAAGGGCAUGGAUCAGGACCUGGUGCUGCCCACGGACUCGCGUGCCACUUUGGUGGAUGUGCACCGGCGCUGGGAGCGCCGUGCUGUCACCAUCUUCCUGUCCCGUGCCUUUGCUGACAAUGAGCGCACCUACCAGUGUCAGCUGAUGCGACAGCUGGAGGCGGCCAAGGAGGAGUUCUGCUGGCGCAAUGAGGAGGCAUCGGAGCAGCGUUGUCGGGCGGUGCUGCGGGAGCUGUGGCAGGACGUGGAGCACCAUCUGCAGUGUGGGGACUAUACAGCACCAGGCGGAGCACAGCUGUUCCAGGAUGAUCUGUGCCAUGUCCUGGAUAAGUACCAGUGGUGGCCUGAGAAGGGUGUUAAGGCGGAUGCAGUGCUGGACGUGUUCCUGCAAGAUCGUGAGCCACUGGCACAGGCACUGCAUGCGGCCGAUGCUCGCAUGAUGAUGAUGGAGUGGCAGAAGGAGGCAGCAGCAGCCAAGGAAGCAGCAGCCAGGGAGGCAGAGGCAGAGUGCCUGAAGGAGCAGCAACGCAGCCUGGAGGAGCACUGCAGGCAGCUGCAGCAGCAACUGCUGGAGGAGCAGCGCCUGCGGCUGAAGGAGCAAAACCGCCUGCUGGAGCACUACCUGAAGGAACAUCAGGCACUGAUGGAGGAGGGUUACAAGCAUGAUGCAGAGCAAAUGCAGCUGCAGAUCAAGAGGCUGAGGGAGGAGAAGCAGAGCACUGAAAACCACACAUGGAUUGUCUCGGCUGUGGGCCUCCUGGUCAACGUGGCUUCGCUCUUCCUGCCCGGCGUGGUCGGCAAGGCAGCGGACAUUGUAGGCAAGCUGAUGAAGCGCAUCCUGUAACCCAGUCACCUGCCUCUGUGACCUGGCUUCAGCUGAGAUGGCGUUGAAUUUUCCUUCAUUGUGUUUAUGCUGUGUUUGGGCUUUAGGAGAAAAACAGUACUGAUAAUGGACUGAUGUUUUAGCUAUUGCUGAGCAGUGUUAUACAGAGCCAAGGACAUUUCAGUUUCUCAGUUUCUCCUACUGCCCUGCCAGUGAGGAGGGCUGUGGGGGAUGCAAGGAGUUGGGUGGGGACAGAACUGAGAUACCUAACCUGAACUGGCCAAAGGAAUAUUCAGUAUGAUAUGAGCCUGAUAAUUGCUAAUUAUUAUGGCAUUUUUUUUGCACAGAUAUUUCAGUGUUUUCUUGGAACUAUAUCAUUUAGCACUUGAUAUUUAUGUGUCAGUCGAGUUGUUUACCAUCUCCAGGAGUUGCACUGAAGUUGUCAUUUUGCUGUGCUUUGUGAUUUUGGCUUUCAGUAUGAUAAAACUGCUGACUGGGAA